AUGCCGCAAUGGGGAGCUGGGAAUUCAAGAGCUAUCGAAGCAAGGAUGAGGAAGAAAAUGGAAAAAGAUCGAAAGCAAAAAGAAUUAGAAGAAAAAAGAUUAGAUGAAUAUUGGAAAGAUGAUGAUAAAAAAGCUCAAGCAAAAAUUCAAAGAAAAAUUGAAGCUGAAAAUAAAAAACAACAAAAGUUGGACAGGAAGAAGGAAUUGAGAGAAUUGUAUGGCGAAGAAGAAAAAGCAUUAAAGACAAAUAAAGAGAGUAAAUCAACAAAUACAAAAAUAACACAAGCUCAGAUUUUACAGCGACUAAUAGAAGAGAAGAAGAAGGAAAUGAAGGACGAAAAGAAAAAGGCGGGAAACACAAAUGUACACGAGAUGGAAUUGGAAGAUAAUAUCAAUCAUAUUAUUAGGGAUGAAAUGAACAAUUAUGAUGAAUGCAUAAAUGCUACUGGAAUUGAUAAUAUCAUUAACUCUCUGGGAAAUGUGCCGUUUGAAAAAACGAAAAAGGUGAAAGCGGCUUAUAAAAAAUAUGAAGAAGAAAAUUUACCACUUGUAAAGGAGGAGUACAAAAACUUGAAGUUAUCACAAUAUAAGCAGAUAUUAUGGAAAAAGUUCAAAAAAUCAGCUGAUAACCCAAUGAAUCAAAAGGAUUAG